GCAGCUUCCGCACAAAGCCACUAACAUCGGAAGGCUUCCCAAAGCAGCAGGGCUCUGACAAUCUAGCGCGGGAGAGUUUUUGACCCGAGAGGAGCCAGGAGGGGGCCUCGGCUCAGCCUCGGCGCCACUCAAUUCCCGGAGUCGCCUUGGCGGACUCCACGCUCCGAGAGACGCCGUCGGCCUGUGAGGCGUGUCUGUGCUUCUCUAGUUCCUCCAGCCGCCGCGCGAAGGGGCAGCUGCUCCUCCCGCCAGAAACACGAGUUACCCUGGGCCGCCCCCAGGCCCGCCGGAGCGCUGAAAGCGCCUAAGCACCCCUGGGCCGCGCCCCGCGCUGAGGCCCCGCCUGGCCAAAGCCAUUGGCGGAGGCUGCCCCGAGGGCGGGGUCAAGGCGCCCCUUCCCGGACCCCGCAGCCCCACCCGCAGCGGGCCCGCCGGGAGGAGAGGCCCAGGUGAGGAGCCGGCGCCCGCGUUCGGGAACCCCCGUCCCGGGCCAUGGGGGCACAGGUGAGGCUGCCUCCCGGAGAGCCCUGCCGAGAAGGAUAUGUGCUGUCUCUGGUCUGUCCAAACUCCUCCUCCCAGGCUUGGUGUGAGAUCACGAAUGUGUCACAGCUGCUGGCUUCUCCUAUGCUCUACACGGACCUGAAUUCCAGCAUAACCAACCUGAGCAUUUCAGCAAACGUAGAAAACAAAUACAGUCUUUAUAUGGGCUUGGUACUGGCAGUAAGCUCCAGUAUUUUUAUUGGCGCCAGCUUCAUAUUGAAAAAGAAGGGCCUCUUGCAACUGGCCAGCAAGGGCGUUACUAGAGCUGGACAAGGUGGACAUUCUUACCUGAAGGAAUGGCUCUGGUGGGCAGGAUUGCUGUCAAUGGGAACAGGAGAGGCUGCGAAUUUUGCUGCUUAUGCUUUUGCACCUGCCACCUUGGUCACCCCGCUGGGCGCUCUGAGUGUUCUCAUAAGUGCGAUAUUAUCUUCCUACUUUUUAAAUGAGCACUUGAACAUUCAUGGGAAAAUAGGCUGCGUAUUAAGCAUAUUGGGGUCAACUGUGAUGGUUAUCCAUGCCCCACAAGAAGAGGAAGUCACUUCUUUGCAUGAAAUGGAAAUGAAAUUGAGAGAUCCAGGGUUUAUUUCCUUCGCUGUGAUCAUAACUGUGAUCUCCUUGGUGCUGAUUUUGAUUGUGGCUCCCAAGAAAGGACAGACCAAUAUACUGAUCUAUAUUUCAAUCUGUUCUUUGAUUGGAGCGUUUUCAGUUUCUUCUGUCAAAGGCCUGGGAAUUGCCAUUAAGGAGCUGAUAGAAUGGAAGCCAGUUUACAAACAUCCCCUGGUCUUUGUUUUGCUGGCUGUACUUGUACUUUCAGUAACUACACAGAUUAACUAUCUCAACAAGGCACUGGACACCUUUAAUACCUCUCUCGUGACACCCAUUUAUUAUGUAUUCUUCACAUCCAUGGUAGUGACUUGCUCUGCUGUCUUAUUCCAAGAGUGGUAUGGCAUGACAGCUGGAGAUAUCAUUGGGACCCUUAGUGGAUUCUUCACUAUUAUCAUUGGCAUCUUCCUUCUACAUGCUUUUAAAAACACUGACAUUACUUGGAGCGAGCUUACAUCUACCGCUAAGAAAGAAGUCGUCUCUCUGAAUGUCAGUGAAAACAAUUAUGUUUUACUAGAGAACUUGGAGUGUUCAGCCCCAGGAUACAAUGAUGACAUUACCCUGUUUAGCAGAACUGAUGACUGAAGGCUCUAGAAACACUGAGUUUUAACCACUAUGAGACACAUGAAGAAGAAAAUGAGUGCUUGCUUCUUGGAAGAACUGCUAGGAAAGCUAGGAUUUUUACAGUUCUAACUAAUUUAGAUGUGAGGCCAAGUAAAAAUGUCAUCUUUUGGGCCAUGAAUUUGAAAAUCAAAUUGAUUAUCCUCCAGAAGACUUCUGCUGCUUUUCAUUUCUACAAACUUUGAAAUUACCCCUAAGGAUCAAAGAAGUUAAAGAGCUAUGUGUGUCUCAGAAUAAUCUCCUUCUUCUGGUCACAAUAUAUUUGUCUCUGCCAGGUGGCUCUUCAUUUCUUUGGUGGCUCUUUUUAGACUCACAGUCAUUCACUAAUAUAAAAUUAGCAGUGUUCUGUUACAUGCAGUAUCAGCCAUAUUCUCUCUUGAGUAAUAAUUUUAAAUUAUUUAAACUGAGAAGAGAGACCAGGCACGGUGGUUCACAUCUGUAAUCCUAGCACUUUAGGAGGCUGAGGCAGGCAGAUCACUUGAGCUCAGGAGUUCAAGACUGCCCGGGGCAACAAAGCAAGACUCUGUCUCUACAAAAAACAUAAAAAUUAGCCAGGUGGCACAUGCCUGUAGUCCCGACCACUUGGGAGGCUGAGGUGGGAGGAUCACUUAAGUCUGAGAGGUUGGGGCUGCCGUGAGCCCAGAUUGCACCACUGCAGUCCAGCCUGGGUGAAAAGUAAGGCCCUGUCUCAAAGAAGAAGAAGAAAAAAAAGGGCCAGGGGCUUUUGCUUUUAAAAAAUUUGUUUAAAAUGAGAAGUGAGAUCACGGGUGCUUUGUUCUCCCUUCUGCACCUUCCUUCUUCUAAAACUAUAUAGCUAAACAGUUAUUUUAAGAAAAAAGAAAUUAAAAAAAAAAAAAGCCUGCUUUGUUAGUGGGCUAGAAUACACAACACACACACACCCAUGAAGAGCGUAUGAAUUCUAACUUAUUGCCAUAUCAUAGGAAUUUACUACCAAUUAAAGAGGGAGAACGGAGGAAGAGAAAAAUACUUCAGACCUCAGAAAAAGGAAACAGUUAUCUUCUCACAAAAAACACAGGCACAUGCGAUUGUUUUCACAGCUUCCAUUAAUUAACUCAAGUCUGGAAGACAUAAGACAAAAUGGAGUUUCUGUAGAAGUCAGGUGAAUUCAGCUUUGGAGUCACUUAUGUUCAUUUUUUUCCCUUGCUUUUACUAUUAUCCUAAAGGUUAUUUUUUCUUGUUGAUACAGAGAUUUUUGUAAAAGAUUGCUACAUUACUUUAGGAUUAUAUCCUAUAUUUCAAUUGUUCACAAAUGUUUGAUCCCUAAAGGGUGAGUUUUCCACAGACUGUUUGGAAACAACUAGAAAAAUCUUUGUGAAAAAUCUGAACAAAUUAUCAUAAUGGCUCUCUUGAAGUUUGGUACUUCCACCCUUAUUAAGGAAAUUAUGAUUAGUUACUAACUAUUAAAAAUAGGUAUAGAAUAGGAUAGAAAGUCAAUUUCCUAGCAAGCAAAAUACCAAGACCUCAGUGGCUACUGCAGGAAAAUACCUUUUGCACAUUAAAAUGUUUAUACAAUUUUCCUCUCUCAUUUCAAAUGCAUGCAAGGAAUAACAUUUUUGGUGGUCUUUAAUGUAAUGGACAGAUUUACUGUCACUAAUUUUAUCGAAAAUAAAUUGUCUAUCUUAUUUUUAUACUAAUCUUAUUUUUCUCAAGAAUUCUAACUAAAAAGAUUGUCAUUAAAAAAA